AUGCCAAAACUUGAUAUAUCCGUUCAAGAUGAGCAAAAGGCUUUCGAAGCUGAUGUGGCUACGAUCGAGAAGCAAUGGAGCUCUGCCAGACAGUCGCACUUGAAGCGGCCAUACUCUGCAAGCACUAUAGCCGCGCUCCGAGCCUCUAUUCCUGCACCCUCGAACGCCUCUUCGACUCAAGCCAUCAAGCUCUGGCACCAACUGCACGCGCAUAACAAAGCUGGAACAUGCGAAUUGACAUUUGGUACCACGGAUCCCGUUGCGGUUUCGCAGAUGGCAAAACACCAGCAAACCGUUUAUGUAUCUGGCGCUCUAUGUGGAUUCUCCGAGGUCGCACUCCCGGGGAUGGACCACGCGGACUACCCUUGGGAUACUGUUCCAAAGGUUGUAUCAAAGAUCUUCAAGAGCCAACUUUGGCAUGAUCAGCGACAACGGCAGUACCGAUUGCGACAUCCGAUUAAGGAGCGAGAAAGACUGGAGAACUGGGAUUACAUGGCACCUAUCGUUGCAGAUGGCGAUAUGGGCUUCGGUAGCCUGACAAGUACGAUGAAGAUGGCGCGCGAGUUCGUGGACGCUGGUGUGGCGAUGAUACACAUUGACGACUUAGCCAUCGGCAUGAAAAAGUUCACGGUCGGUCAAGGACGGACUAUCGUGCCGACUCGGGAGUAUCUCGAUCGCUUGACAGCUGUGCGGAUGCAAUUUGACGUCAUGAGCGCGGAGACGCUACUGUUAUGCCGCUGUGACACAGACCAUGCCGAAUUCAUCACCAGUGUUGUUGAUGAGCGCGACCAUGAGUAUGUGCAGGGUGCGACGAAGAAGGUGGAGCCGUUGCAGAACUGUCUUCAGGCGGCGCAGACUGAAGGCAAAGAUUUGAAGGCUACGCGGGACAAGUGGAAGGCGAAGGCGGGUAUUAAGACCUUCGACGAGGCUGUUGAGACCAUUGCCUCAAAAGAAGAGUUUGCCGCAUACAAGGUGGAACUGUCGAAGCAGAAGUUUGCUUCCCUGUCUCAUCGUCGCGAUAUCGCAGCCAAGACCGUUAAACAGGAAGUGUUCUUCGACUGGGAGCUAUCGCGAUCAGCCAUGGGACAGUAUAUGCUCAAGAGCUGCGUCAAAGGCAUCGUCGAGCGUGCCAUUGCCGCUGCGCCACUCGGGGACGUGACCUGGGCGCGUAUGGAUUCACCCAAUUGGGGAGACAUUGUCGAGUUUCAUACGGAAGUUCGUAAGGUGUACCCGGACCGGCUCUUCGCCUUUGGCUACACCGGUGACUACGACUAUGCAAAAGCCGGCUUCAACGACGAAAAGAUCAAAAACCUACAUCUUGACCUUGCCAAGCUAGGCAUCGUAUGGCAGGUCCAGCCGAUCUGGAGUCUACAAGGUCUGAACAUGGUGACGGUGCAAUUUGCGAAGAUGUGGCAGGAGCAAGGCAUCGCUGGCUACUUGCAGUCGGUCCAAGGUCCGGCUCUUAACUCGAAGCCUAUGACUGAUGGGUUUGAGAAGUUGAGUUAUUGCGGUGGGUACCUGGCGGAUGCAUUCUUCGAGACAGUCGCGGGAGAAACGAUCGUAGAGAAGGGAAAAGCAGCCAACUUCUAG